GCUGGUUCAACUAUCUCAAAAUGUCUAUGUUAGUCCGGAAGGGGACGAUGGUAAGGAAGACCAGAGGUUCAGUGAAAAGGGGCUCGGGACGAAGGAUGCAUUCCUCUAGCUCAACGGGCAUAUCAACCGGAAGUACAAAAUCUACCGGAAGUUAUGGUAGUUAUAAGGGAUCAUCAAAACCAGUGGCUGCUAUAAAAGCGGAAAAUGCCUGCCAAAGUUCACCGUCAAGAAGCCUUGCAAGCACUGUUGUUUCUUUUGACGAUCAGCGAGAACUGUGCAACACAACAAUAGACUGGUCAUCUAGAGGCAAAUCAGUGGACACGGAACAGGGCAAUUAUGGUGCUAUUUUUAUCCAGAUACAAGAAGCUAAUACAGAAGCCACUGGUACAUGUGAUUUUAUCUGUCGAAGUGGCAGACUUAUUUGUCAUACAGCCUUCAUAACCGUGCUUGUUGGGAUAUCCACUGCGCUACCAAUCACCAUGUUAUCCGUCGGUGUGAAAUACCUCAACGAAUGUCCACGACAGCGGAAGAUCCCUGUGUAUCUUUUGGUCGGUGGCUGUUUCGGCAUGGUUAAAAUCAUUGGAACAGUGUGGCAUAACAUCCAAAGCAAACGUUAUGAAGAACUCGAUUCGUUUUACGAUGCGCACGAAGGCGACGGCGCAUUUGCGUCACGGACGUUCAGGAUGAUGGAUAUACUGCUCACGACAUUUCUGUUCGCUUGGCUUGUGGCGGGGACGUUCUGGGUGUUUGACAUUUGGGAGCCACACUAUCAUCAGUUACUUCACGAACCCAGUAACUGGUGUGAUCGGACUGUGUAUAUCUUUGCUGCAUACCAAAUCAUUGCUUCGUAUGCCUUCAUAUGUGUCCUUAUUAUAAUCGCCGCCGUACUCGCGCUGUGCUUUAAUUGUAAACAUAUCUGCCAUCAAAGAUAAUACUGUUGCUUUGUAAAGAGAAUUUUGUUUUUCUAUUUAUUAAAAUUUUGAUAACCUUU